AUGAUUAAAUAUAAACCUGAAGGUGCUGAAUCAAAUUCACCAGCUUCACAAGGUUAUGCAUUAUUUAAUUUCAAUCCUGAUUACCCAGAAUUAACCAAAGUAAAGAAAACACCUCAAUAUGGGGAAUGUUCAACAAAUAGUGCAUGUGGAUGCUUUCAUGUAAUAGGUGCUAGCAAUGAUACAGGCAUUUGUGGUUUUCGCUGGUUAGCAUGUUCUCAUCUUGUACUGUGUAAUUCAUCAGACUAUUCAUGUACUCAACCUAAUACGACGUGUGUUCAACAUCCACAAUGUAAUAAUCUCCCUGUUUGUUAUCCAGUUACAAUGACUGAUCAAAGUAUCUGUCCACCAAUGAAAAAUAAGAUCCAUCUUAAAUGGGAACAAAAUGCCAUUACUGUGGCUGGUGGAAAUGGACUUGGACAGGAAUUAAAUCAACUAUAUCACCCUUUUGGAAUCUUUAUUGAUAGAAAUAAAAAUAUUUUCAUUGCUAAUUCGACAAAUCAUCGUAUUGUUGAAUGGAAAUAUAAUGCAAAAGAAGGACAAAUCAUUGCAGGUAGAAAUGGGCAAGGAGAUCGAGUGGAUCAAUUGAAUGACCCAACAGAUGUGAUUGUUGAUCAAAAAAAUCAAUCGAUCAUCAUUGCUGAUCGUUGGAACAGACGAGUGAUUCAAUGGUUGAAUCAAACUCAACAGAUUCUCAUUGGCAACAUUUACUGUUGGGGCUUGGCAAUGGAUAAACAUGGAUUUCUUUAUGUUUCUGAUGGUGAGAAGAAUGAAGUGAGACGAUGGAAAAUGGGAGAAUAUAACAAUGAAGGAGUUGUAGUGGCAGGUGGAAAUGAAAAAGGAAAUCAACUUAAUCAAUUCAAUGAUCCUCGUUUUAUCUUUGUUGAUGAAAAUCAAUCUGUUUAUGUAUCAGAUAAAGACAAUCACCGUGUGAUGAAAUGGAUAAAAGAUGCAAAAGAAGGGACAAUUGUGGCUGGAGGAAAUGGUCAAGGAGAAAAUCUCAAUCAAUUGUAUUAUCCUCAAGGAGUAAUUCUCGAUGAUAUGGGUCAAAUCUAUGUAGUGGAUUAUUGGAAUGAUCGAGUAAUGCGUUGGUAUGAAGGAAAAAAAGAAGGUGAAAUUAUUGUUGGUGGAAAUGGUAAAGGAAAUCAAUCAAAUCAAUUGAAUGGCUCCCGUGGUUUAUCAUUUGAUGAUGAAAGAAAUCUUUAUGUUGCUGACCAUUUAAAUCAUCGAAUUCAAAAAUUCAAAGUAAUUUUGUGA